ACCACGCCUGGCGUAGACAGACGGCCAUAUUGCAAAGAAGAGAAUCUCUCGCUCCUUCUUUGCUAGUGGUGAAACGCACGGAGUUCAACAUCACCAUCAACACCACUCACACAGGGGGAAACAGACACAGAACGACAAGAGAAGAAACAUUUAUUUAUUUUUUCUUUGAAAAAAGACUUUCUUAAUUAGGAAAAUACUUUCACUGGGUCUUUAAAAAAUCUGCUGCCCAGAUUAAAGGCUACAGAGGAGUUUCUGCAAGAGGGAAGGACACCUUUUUUUCUUCUUCUUCUUUUAGUAAACCGUGGAGACCAUUGGAAAAUGCCGAAACCGAUCAAUGUGCGGGUCACUACUAUGGAUGCAGAGCUGGAGUUUGCCAUCCAGCCCAAUACAACUGGCAAGCAGUUAUUUGACCAGGUGGUAAAGACAGUUGGACUUCGUGAAGUCUGGUUCUUUGGGCUACAGUAUGUGGACAGCAAAGGUUACACAACAUGGUUGAAACUGAACAAAAAGGUAACACAGCAAGACGUCAGAAAAGAGAAUCCCUUACAGUUCAAGUUCCGGGCAAAAUUCUUCCCUGAGGAUGUGUCGGAGGAGCUGAUCCAGGAGAUCACACAGAGGCUGUUCUUCCUGCAGGUGAAGGAGGCCAUCCUGAAUGAUGAAAACUACUGCCCGCCUGAGACCGCCGUCCUGCUGGCUUCUUACGCUGUGCAGGCCAAGUACGGUGAUUUCAACAAAGAGGUCCACAAGCCAGGCUAUCUAACCAACGACAGGCUCCUUCCUCAGCGGGUUUUGGAACAACAUAAACUAACCAAAGAACAGUGGGAAGAAAGAAUUCAGACCUGGCAUGAGGAACACAGAGGAAUUCUAAGAGAAGAUUCAGUGAUGGAGUACCUGAAGAUUGCACAGGAUCUGGAGAUGUACGGUGUGAACUACUUUGAAAUUAAGAACAAAAAGGGAACAGAACUGUGGCUGGGUGUUGACGCGCUGGGGCUUAACAUUUACGAACAUGAGGACAAGUUGACACCGAAGAUUGGCUUCCCUUGGAGUGAAAUUAGAAACAUUUCAUUUAAUGACAAGAAGUUUGUUAUCAAGCCCAUUGACAAAAAAGCUCCAGACUUUGUGUUCUACGCCCCUCGGCUGAGAAUAAACAAACGUAUCCUGGCGUUGUGCAUGGGCAACCACGAGCUGUACAUGAGGAGGAGGAAGCCAGACACAAUCGAAGUGCAGCAGAUGAAGGCUCAGGCCAGGGAGGAGAAGCACCAGAAGCAGAUUGAGAGAGCACAGCUAGAAAAUGAGAAGAAGAAAAGACAGUUGGCAGAACAAGAAAAGGAAAGAAUAGAGCGGGAGAAGGAUGAGCUGAUUGAGCGACUCAAACAAAUUGAAGAACAGACAUUCAAGGCACAAAAAGAGCUGGAGGAGCAGACCCGGCGUGCCCUGGAACUGGACCAGGAGAAGAAGCGAGCAAAGGAGGAGGCAGAGCGGCUGGAGAGGGAGCGCCAGAGUGCUGAGGAGGCCCGGUUAGCACUGGCAAAGCAGGCUGCGGACCAGAUGAAGAACCAGGAGCAACUAGCUGCUGAACUCGGUGAAUUUACUGCUAAAAUCGCCCUGCUCGAGGAAGCCAAGAGGAAAAAGGAGGAGGAGGCAUCCGAAUGGCAGCACAAAGCGCUUUUGGCACAGGACGACCUGGAGAGGACCAAGGAGGAGCUGAAGAUUGUGAUGAGCGUGCCACCGCCUCCUCCCCCACCCAUGGUGGCCCCUCUGGAGAACGAGCACGACGAGCAGGAUGAGAACAGCGCAGAGGCCAGCGCGGAACUCUCCAACGAGGGCGUCAGCAACCACCGCAGCGAGGAGGAGCGCCUCACUGAGACCCAGAAAAACAAGCGAGUUAAGAAGCAGCUGCAGGCUUUGAGCUCUGAGCUGGCCCAGGCUCGGGACGACACCAAGAAAACUCAGAACGAUGUCCUCCAUGCAGAGAAUGUGAAGGCAGGCCGUGACAAGUACAAGACCCUGCGGCAGAUCCGGCAAGGAAACACAAAGCAGCGGAUUGACGAGUUUGAGUCCAUGUGAGGGAGGAGGAAUAGAGGGAGGAGGCAGUUAUGCGUGCUGCUCCUUUCACAUUGUGGUUUCUGUUUACAGCUGAACCUUCAAGCAGAGAGGCGAGCAGGGCUUAACAAACCCAUACAGAUUCCACCUCGCCAUGCCAAAGCUAUGACCAUGAUCUGAUCAAGAGGAUACACAACUGAUGUGUUUACAUGUUUACAGUAUAUUAACAAACAAAAGGACAGUUUUAGAGCUGUAGUGGCCUCAUUUUGUGAAGAGGUAAGGAUAUUAAGCAAAUACCACAACACAUUUGAAAGUUAUUUCUCAGAAGUACAGAUUCAGCUGGUACUUUUAAUAUACGUUGGGCUCUUUUGAAUUUUCAGAAUGUUGUAUCUGUAGAAUUAGUUUGCAUUGCCAUUUGUUUAAAAGUUAUAUGUAUCUAAUGAACAACCGUUGUACUAAGCUAAUCCAACUGAGAGAGCAGAACCCCUGCAUUGGGUUUCACUGUUUCAUGUCCAGUCAUCAUAGAUGGUUUUCUUUGCCUGCUUGCUCACAAAGGCUUGGAAUACAGAGAGCCGUUCUGCUGUUGAUAAGGCAAUGAGAUGGAACACUGGCUGUGUAUAAAAGAUGGCCCCAGCUGUGUGAUGUGGAGUCUUCAGUAGAAUCAUGCAAUAUGUGGUUGCCUGCGCAUCUGUAACUGGGGUGCAGCAUGAGCUACUUUUAAUUCACCGUCCACUACUGAAGUUCUUGCCCUUUCUGGCAAGAGAGCAUACGAAAACAUCGGUCCCAAGGAGGGGACAGCUGACUACCUCAAUAUUAUAUACAUGAUGACUGGACAGUCAAACACUCCUCACUAAUCCCCCUACCACCCUGUGUGUUGUACGUUCUAGAAUGUGUUGGGUUGUUUCAAGUUCCCCAGCCCUUGUGUGUUGACAUAUUGCACUUGACUUGAUAAUUUCAUUCCACUCAAAUGCCUGAAAGCUGGUUUAUGAAAUGGCCUCAUAUAGGAAUGCCAGGUGAAUGUGUGUACAUGUUUGUGUGUGAGAGAGAAAGUUUUAAUGUGCAUGUAUUGUAAACAUGUGUCAAGGGAUUCAGUUGUGUGCAGGGGAAAUACUUAGACUUUUUAUCAUGUUAGAAAUUCCCACACUUUUUGAUAUUUUCAUCUCACCUUUAUUCCAUGUGUUGUUUUCUUGUUGGGUGUUAGAUUUGUAAUACGAGAUCUACAGGGGAUGUAGCUCCAUAUGAAUAUUCAUGAGGAAUGAUAAUCCGCUUUUCCCAAACUGCUGAAUCUGCUGACUAGUUGAGCUCUAUUGUGUGACAAAGCAAGUAGAAUGCUUGCUGCUGGUCCAUGUCCCACCAUGGCUCAUCAGAAAAUGUAUUGGAUGUGAUAUUUUUUCAAACAUUGCACAAUUAUGGAGUUUUAUAUUGUAAAUCUGUUAGAUACAUUUUGCAUUGAGUUUUUAACUUACUAUUAUUUCUUUUGGAAUGGUAGAACUAAAAUUAAACUCUUUUAGUUUUCCCAAUUUGCACCUCUGUGAAGUUGAGAAUUGAGAGUCUUUUUAUAUGAAUUGCUUUGGGAGAUAAAUGCUUAAGUAUGAGGGAUGUCCAGCAUAUCUAUGAACAUCUUCUUAUCACAAAUCUAAUGCCAGGCAUAUUUUCAUUAUCCUUAUCCCAUCCCUGCGCUCUGGGCCUGCUUGUUCUUGAUGUGCAUGUUCCCCCACACUGUACUUUUUAUUCCAUUCUCUAAACCUAAAAUGAUCCCCACGAUUAAAUGUACCAGCCCCUUGGAUAUUGAAGACUGUUCAAGAUUUAUCUGUAUUGAAAGUACAAUAGCCUUAUUUUGAAGCAAGUAUAAGUGCAAAGCCACAUUUAUGAAAGGAAAAACCCAGGUUUAAUCCAAUGCUGGCAAGAAGCAGGUCGAUAAACCACAGUUCUGCAUCAUUUUUUUCCAUUUCCUUUCAGAAGAUUUUAUUUGGACUUGUUUCAAAUUUGGAUUUAUAUCUAAAUCUAACUUUCAGGUUACUUGGAAUCAAGGCGCAUAAUGUAAUUAUUUUAUUUGAAGCCCCGGCUUCCUCUCUGAUGCCAGUUCAGCUUGCUUCUAUUGGUAUUAUGCAAUUCAUAAUUAAUUCAUCAAUUUUACUAUUGAAUUUUGCCAUUUCUUGUAAAGCAUUUUCAUGCACAGUACAGUAGGUCAAGUUACCUGCUGCUAGUUUCCCUUCCAAAGAAAGUGUUACAGAAACUCAUUAAACUUUUUUUUUUUUUUUGUAAUGGCAGUAGUAGAUAAUUGGGUUGGCUGGCUGGCUAACUACAAACUAUAAAAUCCCAGUGUGCGAAUUCAACGACACAUGAGCAUUCAUUUCUCUUGGAAACAUUUAAUUGUUUUGCCAUAGCAAGUGAAAUACUGUGCUUCCAGAUAAAUUUUUAUUUUCCUGAAAUGUACGCUAACAUACUUAUCAUGUUUGCUGAUCAUGUAUCUAUAUAUUAUAUAGAAUAAAUAAAGAAUGGAUUUAAUCUAUUUA